AUGGAAUUUGGACUGACAUUUGGAGCUGUCGGCGACUUUAUUGCAAUUACUGUUCUAAUCAAGGACAUUAUCAAGGCACGCAAUGAUGCACGUGGAUCCGCCAAAGAAUAUCGAGAGCUGGUCCGAGAGCUUGAUACACUCCACCUGACACUGGAAGCUGUUCAAAAGACCUGCGAAGAUCCUCACUUGACUGAUUCUCUUGAAGAUCUUACCAAGAUAGCACUUGACACAGUAUCUCACGUCAAGGAUUGCUCGAAUGGGUUUCUGGAUCUAAUCCGCAAGUAUGAGCCGAUCUUAGGUGCUGUUGUGUCAGGAAAGAGCAACUCCUUCAAGGCUAUUGGAAGGAAGAUUCAAUGGAAGCUGAAUGAGAGGGAAAUUGAGAAGUUUCGUGCCGAGGUGAUGGGGUGUACCAUGGCACUCAAUGUUUUGCUGGAAGUUAUCACAGUGCGUAUGUUGCAAAGGAAUCAUGACACUCUGGCCAAAGAGCAAACUGCUGCCGAAGGCCGUACAGCCGCAUUAAUACGUCGAUCAGAAGCGUCAUUGAAGGCGUGGAUAAGCUUCAUCGGUCGGCAAAUACUUCGUAGGCUACAAAUCGUACACAGAUCAGGCAUCGAGCUGAAGAGAUCCAUUGACCAGAUCAUCGCCAUGAUGUGUACUCUCUCCGGUGACCUGAGCUCUAUCAGGGCCAUCGUCAUGCACCUCGACAGGGGGCCAAGCGAUGAAUACUUUAUCCUAGAAGACGUUACGGGAAGGACGUUCCCCAUCCAUCUGAGAACUAUCACCUCAUGGGCGGUACUUGAAUUUAUACUCAACGAGCGCUUUAAAGGUAAGAAGGGUGCUCGAAGAGUACAGCGUAAGCUGUACAGUUUACGUGAGAGUAACACACAACGAGAAAUUGAUGGGUCUAUGCCUUGGGAAAGUGCGUUUCUACCGCGCCAGAAGAUCACUAUGAGCUUGAUCUGUAAAGAUGCAGAGAAUAACAAUGCAGGCGGAAGAGUAUCGUCAAGCUGUCCUUUCUGCCAAACGCCAUCAGAUCAUGACAGCGGUGGUGAAGUAGAAUGUGCGAAGUGUAAAAGGCUGCGGAAUUCAGCUCCUUCACCAGGGCGAAGGAAAAGGGAACACGAUUCAAACAGCACCAAGACCUGUAGUAUAUGCCACUCCUCGAGGCGUCACGAUACUGGGACAAUCUCAAAGCGAAAGUGUUGCCUGUCAGGCACAGAUUCAGAAACGGACUCGGAUGAUGGAGAUGUCCAAGGCUUUGUAAGGGUUCACCUUGUCUCAAGAAAAAGGCGGGCAACUACCAAGGUCCCGAAUCAAGGUGAACAAGAAAGAUCUGCCAAGCUUAAGCGAAUGAGGGAAGCAGAGAGGUCUUCGGUAAACGAGGUGGUUUGGAACAACAAAAUUCUUCACAAGUGGCUGUCGGAGACAUCAAAAAUGGAGGUUGACCCAGCUCUGAUCGGGGUUGAUCCGGCUCUGGGUCGAUGGCUUUCAAUCUCGCAGCCCCCUACCGACCUCCUGGGUGCCAGAAAAAGGACUGCUGUCAAUUACCGAGGGACUAGUACCUUCGGAGAGGACGAUUCCGAUUCCGAUUCCGAUUCCAACUCCGAAGGAGAAGAUGGGACAUCUGUUCCUCUAGUGGUUCUAUGUCCUGAUAGAGGUGUAUCGGUGGAAGGGCCCCCUCCCCCUUCCCUUCCUCUCAUGAUUCCAUUCCCCUCCAAUUAA